AUCAAUAUCAUAUGGUAUAUGUCAUGUGUCAUAUGUCAAACUAAAUGAUUUUCGGGUUUCUGCUUUGUCAAGAUUAUAUACUAUUUGUGAAAAAAUUGUGAAAUAUCUCUAUUUUUCUGCAAGAAAAGUGUAUAAACGAUGACGGUAAUUAAUAAGAUGGAGGUGGAUGGGGCCCUCAAAGGUGAAGGAUUUAGAUCAUAUUAUAUCACCAAAAUUGAAGAGUUACAGCUUAUUGUAGCUGAAAAAAGUCAAAAUCUUCGUAGGUUACAAGCUCAAAGGAAUGAACUUAAUGCUAAAGUUCGUAUGCUUAGAGAAGAACUGAUGCUUCUUCAAGAACAGGGAAGCUAUGUUGGUGAAGUUGUAAAACCCAUGGACAAGAAAAAAGUACUUGUCAAAGUACACCCUGAAGGAAAAUUUGUUGUUGAUAUCGAUAAAAACAUUGACAUUAAUGAUGUCACACCAAAUUGUAGAGUAGCCCUUAGAAAUGAAUCAUACACAUUGCAUAAGAUUUUACCCAAUAAGGUUGACCCAUUAGUAUCACUUAUGAUGGUAGAAAAAGUACCUGAUUCUACAUACGAAAUGGUUGGAGGUUUAGAUAAACAAAUUAAAGAAAUCAAAGAGGUUAUUGAGCUGCCAGUAAAGCAUCCAGAGCUUUUUGAUGCUUUGGGUAUUGCCCAACCCAAGGGUGUAUUGUUGUAUGGCCCUCCAGGAACUGGAAAAACUCUGUUGGCCAGAGCAGUAGCUCAUCAUACAGAAUGUACAUUCAUUCGAGUAUCUGGUUCAGAAUUGGUUCAAAAAUUCAUUGGAGAGGGCUCCAGAAUGGUCAGGGAGCUCUUCGUUAUGGCCAGAGAGCAUGCACCUUCCAUCAUUUUCAUGGACGAAAUUGAUUCUAUAGGAUCUUCUCGUAUUGAAUCUGGCUCUGGUGGUGAUUCUGAAGUCCAAAGAACCAUGUUGGAGUUGUUAAAUCAGCUUGAUGGUUUUGAAGCAACCAAAAACAUUAAAGUCAUCAUGGCUACCAACAGAAUAGACAUUCUUGAUCCUGCUUUGCUUAGACCUGGAAGAAUUGACAGAAAAAUUGAGUUCCCUCCACCGAACGAAGAAGCCAGAUUGGACAUUUUGAAAAUUCAUUCGAGAAAAAUGAAUCUAACUAGAGGUAUCAAUUUAAGGAAAAUCGCUGAAUUAAUGCCAGGUGCUAGCGGGGCUGAAGUUAAGGGUGUUUGCACAGAGGCGGGUAUGUACGCUUUGAGGGAGAGAAGGGUUCAUGUGACACAAGAAGAUUUUGAAAUGGCCGUUGCUAAAGUUAUGCAAAAAGAUUCUGAAAAGAACAUGUCUAUCAAAAAAUUGUGGAAAUAACUCUCGUCUUAUUGCCUAUUUAAUUUUGUAUGUAUUUUUU